GUUAAAUUGCAUGGACUUAAUUCCAAUUCAUUAAUUAAUUAAGCUGAUCGAUCGAGCUCUGUCUGAUCUCUGUCUCGAUCGAUCGAUUAAAGCUAGAUAGAAGUUAUAAUUAAGCUAGAGAUGGCAGAGAUGGUGAAUGAUUUGGCGAAUGAGCAUCCAGUGGUGUUAUUCCGAAAGGACGAGGAGUGCUGCCAGUGUGAAAGCAUCAUUUCCCUAGUUCAAGGCAAUUAUGGGGCAUCACUUCAGAUAUACAAUCUCGACGAACAGGAGGAGGGAGACGCAAUGAAGGCGCAUCUCCAGAGUCUGGGCCAGCUCCCGGCAGUGUACAUGGGUGGCAACCAUCUUGGCUCUACAGAAGAACUUCUUUCCAUGAGCAUAACGGGAACUCUCAAACCAACACUUCUUCAAGUCGGUGCUAUUUUUCUCUAAACACGUCCCUACCUAUAUUGAGUUGGAUAAAAUAAAACAAGGUCGUUGUUCUUAACGUGUUUAAUAAUAGUUAUUUUCAGCCGUCACAAUACACCUCAUCUUUAUGAAAAUGUCUACAUGUUGAAGACAAGUGCAUUACAUAAGAGUUAUUGUGAAUAGAUCAGAUUCACAUUUUGGAAGAUUGAAAUUAAUUUUUAUUUUACACGUUAAGAAUCUUCUUUUUAUUUGAAUUUGAACUCUCUUCUAUAUAUAUAUACAUAUUACAAGCUAGUAUUUGUACGUGAAAAUGAUAAGAAAAUGAAUGCUGUUUUUGAAAUGAAACGGACUAUCUAUCAUACAAGUUUAUGUUUUACAAAAGCACAAUUAUUAAAAUGAUUAACUAAAAAGGCCAGGCCAGCUGACCAAGUAUGGAGAUAAUAUAAUUAAAUAUAUAUAGUACGUAGUACUCCUCCGGCCGUAUAGGCGGAGUACUCCGUAUAUUAUUGCAUGCAUGCAAGAUGAUAUGCAUGUAUGUUUUCUAUCAUCCUAUAUAUAUCUGCAAGAUGGUUUGAGUUUGUCCUUCCUAUAUAUAUAGAUAGUACGGAGUAUAUUGUAUGCAUGUGUACCAGCCUAUAUAUAUACAUAUACGUAUGUACUUUUAUUGGUCGGUUGUCCAAUAUAAUUACAUUGUACGUAUCAUCUCAUCUCUCAGGAUAGAUUGAAUAAAGCUAAGUGCACGCCAUCAAUGUUUUUCUGUAUGUGUCCUCCCUCACAUAUACUGUAUACAA